UUGGAAGAUGGCUGAAGGCAAUUGGUAAAUUUGUUGCUUAUUAUGACAAUCCUGAUCGCGUUAUGGCGGAUGAAGACGAGGUAGAUGUUUUGGGGGAUUUUAAUUUUGAUAAUCUGUUUUCAAAGGAUGACGGACGAUUAGCAUCUUGCUAUGAUGGAAGUGUUCUUGGUUCCCAAGGGGCGGAGCUGCUGCAUUGUGAUUAUGGCAUAACUCAGCAGUGGUUGCUUGAGGCUGCAACACAACCGUGUUGGGAUUCAGGAUCAGAUGAUACAAAAGCUCCACACACAGACGAUCGACAACAGUAUGGGUUUUCAACUCCAUUAUCAACGACCGAUCCGUCAUCAGCUUCACCAAAUUGGAUUGAUAAUGACAGUUGGAGUGACAAGGAAAAAGGAUUAUUGGAAAAAGGCUUGGAUUUAUUUGGACACAGCUGGGGUCGCCUGUCACAGUUUAUUGGCACUAAGUCAUCACAUCAGGUGAAAACUUAUGUACGUUCUCAUCUUCACCAUUUUGGUCCAGCAGAUGAAAAUGGUGCUCAGGCAUCAUUUUCAAGUGGGUCAGGCUGUUGCAGUGCUGGUGCAGUAGGCUUCACUGAGUUGAUUGACGAUAUGCAAAUACCAGCAUCUAUGGAGGAGGUGAUAGCAGUUGUAAGCACAGCACAACCAACUAUACCGUCAGUACCCAGACGGAACAUUGUAGCUGGUGCAACAACAUCACAAAGCAACAAUGUUUUAAAUAGUGGUGAAUCGAAAAAGAAGGUGAAUGUCCACAAUGAGUCUGUUAGAGAGAAAAGUCGAAGGGGCAGACCUCAAGUAGUUUCAAAGUUGCAUGCCACUAAGAGGCCUUCCAAAGUGAAUCGCAAUCCCAGCAGAAAACCAGGAUUUCGUUCUAAUGCACAAGGAUCAAAUAUCAAAACAUACCAGACAGGAAAACUGAAACGACAAACUGGUGUUCAUGUGAAAGAUUUUAUCCAGAAAGAUUCAUGUAGUGUUACUUCCAUCCACCGAGGUGGUAUAAUAUUAUCAGCUGGAGAGGAGGUGGUGCGAAUUCAGAAAGAGAGUAGUCAUGACUCAGAUGAAGAUGGUGAGAUAGAAAUUGAAGAGAGAGUGGAUGAUGUGAAUGUACUUUGCCUUUCCGCAGACAUCCAUACAUCAAGUAGCAACAUGGAUGUAGUGGCGAGUACAACUUCUGAAGCCUUGUCAAAUGAAAACAGAUUGCCUUUAACUGAAUUUCAGAGUGAUCAUUUAAAUACAAUGGAUAUCAGAAGUUUGUCUGGUGUUGAGACCCAUGAGACGAAAGUAGAAUCCACAGAGGAAAGAGGGUGUAGAGAAGAUACACAUAUAUCUGAAGAACAGUCCGAAAACACUCAGAGCCUCGCACUAAGGUCUAAAGAAAAGAACUUUAAGCCAGAUUUAAAACCGGGAACAAGUGAAAUCUCACCUCCCAAGGAUUGUAGUGAUGGAAGGGAAGGUGGGAAGGGGAGUUCGUUAGCUUCGAGUCAUCAGGAUAUCCUGGAAAGCAUAUUCAGCUUACCACCACCAACUGAGGAUAUAAUGCUUGAUGCAAAAACAAUUACAGAAGAGGAGAAAAUUAUACAUGCAGAAUUUUUUGAAGGAAGAUCGGCAAAGACCCCAAAACGGUAUCUGAAAAUACGAAACCACAUCUUGGAAUGCUGGCGACAUAGCCGACCCACAUAUGUCACUAAAACUUCGGUGAGAACAGGUUUGAAGAACUGUGGUGAUGUAAAUUGUAUUGGUCGCAUUCAUGCAUAUCUUGAACAGAUAGGAGCCAUCAAUUUCGGUUGUGAGCAAGCCCGCUACACACGCCCUUUGUACCUGAUGUCCAAUUCUGGAGGCUGUGAGAAUAUAGUGGCUUCUGCAGGUGGUCAGGGAAGGGAGAAGCUGAGCAAGGAACAGUUGGCAGCCCAGCACCAGGCUCGCAUUGAUGCCAUGCGACCACGCAAAAAAAAACACAUUCAGGAUUCUUGGUUUCCACUGGCUGGUGAAGGAGGGUACACAAUUACCCAUAGUGAAGAUGGAGAAGCUGUUCAUACAACUGUUGUUAUGCCACAGUCUCAUAAAAAUACUGUUAAAGUUCAUAUGGCUAAACCAGAACCUAUCAAACUCAUUUAUUGCAACAAGUUCACAGAGUCUAAGCCGGCUCCAUAUUCAGUUGAACUUCACAUAGAGCCACUACUUGUUAUGGACGUCCAUGCUCAUUCCUCACACUCUGAAGUAAUUGGAUUGCUUGGAGGAAAUUAUGACCCCAGACGCCUUGUGCUCCAGAUAUUGCGUGCUGUAGCAUGUCGAAGUAGUAGCAGUGGCAUACAUUGUGAUAUGUGCCCAGUAUCUCAGACUGAAGCCAGUGAACGACUCCAUGAUGAAGGUCUAGAGGUUGUUGGUUGGUAUCAUUCACAUCCUACAUUUUUUCCAAAUCCAUCACUGCAAGACUUGGAUACCCAAAGCCACAUGCAGGAGUGGUUUGCUAAAACAGCGUCAGCCCCUCUAGUUGGUUUUAUACUAUCUCCCUACUGCCCUACCAGUAGAACAUCAGCAUCUGAUUACAGGUGUCUUAUUGUUGAAUCAAAUAAUGAGCGGACCAAUAUACCAUACCGGUUAACAGUGGAUGUUAUAUCAAAUGAAUUCGACCCCAGUACACUUCUCCGACGAAUGGAUGCCAUAUUUUUGUUGCAUGAAGAGAGUUCAGAGGCAAUGGUAGAUUUCAACACAGAGUUCCGCUCUGAACCACCGCUCACAUACUUGGAAAAGUGUGUAGAAAGUGCUAGACAGCAUCUUAAAUCUUCUCUUCCACCCCUUGCAGAAGAAGCUGAAGAAUGCAUACUAAGAAGUGUGUUACAGGCUUGCAAUACUUUGAUAGUGUUAAAGCAGACAAAAAGUGAAUUAGUUGCAGAGAAACAUGGAUAAUUUCAUACAGUCCUAUGUUGUAAGACAUUUCAGGUAUUAAAUCCUUUUCUCUACCACAAAUUCUUGAUCAGAAUUUGUUCUAUAUAUUGUAUGAAGAUCCUUUUGCUCUCAUAAGAAUUUUAUAUCCGUCUGUGUGAGAAGGUCAGUUGGGAUUCCUGUUUAAGUUAAGGUAAAAGGCAAAUUGGGAUUUGUGUACUGUGUAAAAUGAAAUUGGUACAGACAACUUCCAAGACUUGUUUCAGUUUCUGAAACUUUGUAAAUAACACUCUUCAGCCCCAAGUCUGAGUACAUAACAGAUUCAGAUUCUGUGACUGAUAUCUUAUGUUGGGAUUUAACAUUAAAUGAAAUGUGGAAGCACGUAACAGUAGUUGAAGAAUCUAGAAGAAAUUGCCUCUUAAUCUGCAUGUGAAGGGUACAAACUGUUUGACUGGCAUCUCAGUGAUGCAAAACAAGACAAAUAUGGAAAGCUACCAUAGCUCUUAAAUUUCUCUCUCUACCUUAACAUCAUGUUCUACCAAUAUGAUGGACAAAUUAUACAUGUACUUUGCUAUAUAUAGGAACUGAAUGUGGCAAAGUGUAUGUUGGGCAUACAGGCCAAGCAUUUAGACUAGAUGCAAGAAUCAUAUGAGGCAUGCCUGGGCCAACCAGAGAAAUCAGUGUUGGCGGAACAUAAAUUUGAAAUAGGCCACAACAUAAAAUUCGCCAGUACCACUAUACUGGAUAAAGCGCUGGGCAAUGUGGACAGCUUGAUAAAGGAGGCUCAUCCCAGAAACAUUAACAUUCAGUCCUGAUACCUGGUGAAUGAUGCGAUAAAGCAGUACCGAGCUGAACCAAUCCGGAGAAUGGACCAGGAUAAACAAACUGCACCCACUAGCAUUCCAUAGGCUUAUGAUCACCUGAUCACAGGCCAUGAGUUGGUAUAUAGCCUGGAAGGCCUGAAUCUUAUGUCACAUCAUAUUAUGAUGGUGGGGACAGAGAUGAUCCCUGGAACACAGUAAUUUUUAACCAACUGACACAGCUGAUAGCCUGAGAAGAUUUUAACAAUUUUCCUAUACUUUUCUGAGGGAAACUUUGUGUGCAAACAUAAAUGAUGAGUGCUGAAAACAAACUACUGUAUUCAGAUGUAGAAAGGAUACAGCCAAUGGGCAGGAAGAUACUACAGAUGGAGAAUUGCAUGAUUCAGGCAAGUCUGGGCAGUGAAGUCAGGACUAUGAUAGCUAGGCAAAUUGCUCAUGUGGGGCAGACAAGAAUCACAUACAGAAUUUUGGUAUGUAAACUUACUGGAAAAUCAAAUAGGAUAUUGGAAGAUAAUAUUAAAAUAAUUCUUAGAGAAAUAGGUCAUGAGGUUGGGAGGUAGAUGGAGCUGGUUCAGGAUUGUAUCUAGAUAUGUGCUUUGAUGUUAACAGUGUUGGAUCUUCAGGUUCUGUUUCCAGAGGUGUAGUUAUAUAGUUAAGAACUUUGUUAGAGUAAUUGAAAUGAUCAUAGUAGUGAAAAUAUUGUUACUGAUAUUAGUGUAUGAAAUGGGACCUAUUUAUAUAAUUUCAAAUGUAAAUACUUAUAUUACAAUAAUAGCAGUUAUAUUGUACAUACAGUUUCCACUGAAUAUUGGGAAUUUUUUAAAAAUUUUGUAUUUAUUAUGUUGUGCUGAGUAAAUAACUGUUUAACAUUGUCAUUUCAUAAUGCAAAAUAAAAAUAAAUAUAUGACUUACAUUGAAUGAAAUG